AUGGCGGAGAACGAGGAAAAGCGGGGAGAGGGUGGCCUCGGGGAGCUGCUUCCCGCUUCUGAUAGGCCCCCCGAUCACCUCUCCCAGGGGAUCCCCGGGCAGUCCCAGGACAGGCUCAGCCUGCAGCAGCCACGGCCCAGCCUGCCUCACCGAGGGGAUGAGCCGGAGGAGGAUGACCACAGCGAGGAAGAAGAGGAGGCAGAGGACACCGAGGAUCAGUUUGAUGGAGUGUUGGAUGAAGACACCGUGGCUGAGGGUCUCCACAAGCUGGGGCGCUCAGCCUCUGGUAUCGAAUACGUUUAUCUCAAUCUGUCGCUUUCGGGUCGCGAGCUAAGUGACAUUAACAUUCUUUCCAGAUACGUUCACCUACAGAAGCUGGAUCUUUCAUAUAAUAAAAUUAAUGAUCUUUCUUGCAUCAGUCACAUGCCUCACUUACUAGAACUGAAUGCUUCCAACAAUGAAUUGACUACGUAUUUUGGUUUCAAACCACCUAAAAAUCUCAAGGAAGUAGAUUUUUCAUGGAAUCAAAUACCAAAAAUGCAGGAUUUGUCAGCGUACCAGUCACUUACUAAGCUCUUGCUGGAUUUUAACAACAUAGAAGAGAUAAGAGGACUGGAGAAAUGCCACAGUCUGACUCAUCUCAGUUUGUCACACAACAGACUCGUUGCAGUCAGUGGGCUUGAGAACUUGCCUGUCAGAAUACUCAAUCUGAGCUCUAACCAGAUUGAGAAGAUAACUGGAUUGGACGGCUUGAAAACUCUUCGGGAGCUGGACCUGUCGAGCAAUAAAAUAUCAAGUCUAGAAGGCUUGGAGGAACAUGAUCUGCUAGAGAAGAUCAACCUAGAGGAUAACCAGAUUGCUGAGCUGCGUGAACUUGAAUGUAUUGAAGAUCUGCCUCUCCUCAGAGUUUUAAAUCUUUUAAAAAAUCCUCUGCAGGAGCAAACAGAUUACUGGCUCUUUGUGAUUUUCAUGUUGCUUCGACUAACAGAACUGGAUCUCAAGAAGAUUUCUGUGGAAGAAAAGGUUGCUGCUGUGAAUAAAUACGAUCCCCCUCCAGAAGUUGUGGCCGCUAAAGAUCAUAUGACGCACGUUAUGUACGGCCUGCUGCAGCCCCAGAGAAUCUUUGACAGCACUUUACCGAGCCUGGAUACUCCCUACCCCAUGCUGGUAUUGGCGGGCCCUCUAGCCUGUGGUAAGAGAGAGCUCGCUCAUAAGAUCUGCAGACAAUUCAACAAUUUCUUCAGAUUCGG